AUGGAAGCUCGGGGUCUCAAUUGCUCGACUUACGCAGACCACCAUCCCGACCCUGAUAUUGCUGGAAUAGGGGUCAUUAUAGGGUUCCUCGGACCAGCGUGGCUCGUGGUGUUCAUCCUUGUCAUUUACUACGUGCUUUUCUACAACCCAACCAUAGACCCGUUUAGUGACGACCCGACUGAAAAGCUUGAAAGACCGAAUUCAAUCGACAUGUUAUUCUAUAACACCAGAAAUGCCAUCCUCCGCCGGCUCUUGCUGGCUAGUGGCAGCCAGACUACGCGCAGUUUCUGGCGCAAGCUGCAGAGCUGCGGUACCCGCGACUCCGUCAAUGAGGUCGUUAUGUCACUUAGCGACCUCCAGAUUGUGAGCGGAAUCGCCAUCCUCACCAGCGGUUAUUACGAAGCCACCCGUGGCUUGUCUGGAUACCACUGGAAGAUGAUAGUACGAGUGGCUUGGUUUUCCACCAUCACGCACCUAGCGGCAGUAUCGUGUCUCCGCACUUAUCUCCAUCAAACCCAGGUUAAACGAUUGCUAAGACUAAUCUUGAUGGGCAUCCUCGCGGUAAUGGUAAUCACGGCAACACUAGCAGCAGCAGACACCGACUUUGACGACGAUCUACCGGCGAUUUGCUUUCUUCAGCUUCCUCGCUCGGGAGUGGACCUACAGAACAUCGAUGUCCUCUCCGCGGUCGUGCUCCUUCUUUAUAACAUUCUCCUCCGCGUCUUGAAGCUCCACAAAACGGUGUCUAAAGUAUGGGACCGAACGUUUCGCGAGAUUGUGGUGCGGCUAUGCAUGCCAGCCGUCAAAGCCAUCGUCCGUACUACCUCGUCCGGGAUUCCCUUGACACGAAAGAGGGUGUAUUACAUUCUCAAUAUUCAACCUCUUGUCUCGGCCCUUAUCCUCGGGGAGACAUACUAUUUGAUAUAUACUUCAACGGUAGCCGAGCCAAGCCGAUAA